UUUUGGUGAUAUCAUAAUAAGUUUCCAACUUCCCAUUUAAUUUAAUUACGUGUUCCAACUUUAUUCCUUCUAUUUUCCAAUUAUUUUUUCUUGACUUUUUGAUCUUUCUUUCCAUACUAUAUAUUUUCAAUAAAACUACACUUUCUUCUCUCCACACAAAUUCAUUGUUCUUCAACCUAAGUAUCAACCAUGGGUGGUGAUAAUAAGAUCACCAUCAUGGUACUCAAGGUUGAUCUUCAGUGUUGUAGCUGCUACAAAAAAGUCAAAAAAAUUCUCUGUAAAUUUCCUCAAAUUAGAGACCAAAUAUAUGAUGAGAAGGGCAAUAAAGUUACAAUUACUGUGAUUUGUUGCAAUCCUGAAAAACUACGUGACAAACUGUGUAGUAAAGGGUGUGGAGUAAUCAAAAGCAUUGAAAUCAUAGAGCCUCCAAAGCCCAAACCACCUGAAAAGCCCAAAGAACCCGAAAAACCCAAACAACCCGAAAAGCCCAAAGAGCCAGAAAAACCUAAACAACCCGAAAAGCCCAAAGAGCCCGAAAAACCUAAACAGCCUGAGAAGCCCAAAGAGCCUGAGAAGCCUAAGGCACCUGAAAAGCCGAAAGAGCCUGAAAAACCCAAAGAGCCAGAAAAGCCGAAAGAAGCUCCUAAACCACCACCAGUUGCACCACCACCAGCACCAGAGUCUGUACCAGUGCCAGUUCAAGAAUACCCACCGCCACCAUCAGGAUAUUGUUGUGGACAAUGUUACGCCGGCCAUACCGGGGGCCCAUGUUAUCAGUGGUACGGAAGACCGGUCCCACCGCCCCCGUGUUACGGUAACUAUGGAUAUAGCUAUGGGCCUGGGCCUUAUUGCUAUAAUAGAGGGUGUUAUGUGAGCAGAUGUGAUCCAUAUCUAUGCAGUGAUGAAAAUGCCACAGGAUGCUCAAUUAUGUAAGGUGGCCCAAUGGGCUAGCUUUCUUGUUAUGGGUCAUUUUCUGGGCCCAUCAAUGUUGUGGUUUUAUUAUCAUAGAUGUAAAACAAUGUAUAUAGGUACAGGUUUCUUUUUUCUUUUGUCAAAUAGAAUAAAGGUGUUAUCAAGAUUUGAUUAAUAAAUGUCAUUUUUCAACAUUA